ACUGCAGGUUUAACUGCCAUCGGCGCUGCGAGCUGCUGGUCCCCAGAGACUGUCCAGGAGAGAGGAGACGCACCAACGGGGAAGAAUGCACAGCGGCGGGUCACAGCAGCCCGGCAGACCCAGAGGACAAUGAUUCAGAGCGCACCAGCAUGACAACACUAGAGACCUCCGACGAUGAGAUGUCCACUGACGGAGACUGGACGGCCGAGACAAAAGACGGGGAGCCACAGCGAGAGCCGAUGAGUCCGUGUUUCAGCAGCUUCAUCCCUGUGAUGAGGCUCGUCCAGUCGGUGCAUCACUCGAAGAGGAGAGCAGGUGGAGUCCUGAGAGAGGGAUGGCUGCUGCACCACACCAACACUGACACACUGAGGAAACGUCAUUACUGGAUCCUGGACUGGAGGAGCAUCACUCUGUACCAGAACGAGAGCAGCACCAAGUACUACAAGGAGAUCACUCUGUCUGAGGUGCUGCACGUCCGAGGCUCCGCCCACCUCACCGUGCCCUCGUUGCCAGGCAACAGCGCCCACUCCUUGGAGGUGGAGACGGCCUCGCUGGUGUACUGCGUGGUGGCCGAAGAGGACGGGCCGGCCUGGGAGAGCGCCAUCCGUCAGGCUCUGAUGCCGGUGCAGAGCAGCGGCGGACACGGCGGGGAGAAAAUAACAAGCAAGAAAGAUUCGCACAGAGACAGCGUGGACAUCAGCUCGGUGUAUCAGAUCCUUACAGGCGAGGUUUUGGGCUCAGGACAGUUUGGAGUCGUGUACAAAG